AUGUUUGAAAAAUUUUAUUUAUUUUUAGUUGUUUUAAAGUCUGUAUGUGAGAAUAGAAUCUUUGUGAUUCCACGUGAAUUGAAAAUUGAAAAGAACGCCAUCUACGGAACGUACGUUACGUGGGUUCAAAACCAAACACUUCGUUGCUACAUGGACAACACAAUCAUAUUCGAUUCAAAAAGGCCAAGUAGGCAACCGAUGGAUCAAUGGCGGGGAAUAUUUUUUGAGACAACGGAGACGAGUCAGGCAAGAAUUUACAUUGACGGAAAUGCUUUCCUAAACAGUGGAGAUUCCGUUACGAUAACAUGCAAGGAGCACGAGUACCGGGAUAACAUGGCUAAACUAACUUUAUUGGCUGUAAAACUGAAACAAGUUGAAGGUGGUGACAAAAGAAAGUGGAAAAAUAAUGGGAAACGUACAAAAACUGAUUUGUUGGUGAAUCACACUUCGGUUAGAACAAGACAGUAA